UGCUCAAGGGAGUGGUUGAGAACGCUUAUAACGGCAAGCAGUUCAUCAGAAUUGUUUAAAAUGGAGACAUACAUAUACACGCUAUUUAUAUACCUAUACCUCACACUCAUUACCUCACCAUUAGCGUAGAACAGGACUCGUCAUAUGGCGGCAGCACGCGCAGCACCAAACCAUGGAAGCACGCAUUCAGCACCGUGAACCCGUAGGAGUUCUGCCCACAGUAUCGUGUGCCUCUAUCAGGACCCUGCUGAAGUCCGCCACUUCCAAUCCCCGGUGUAUGUCUUUUGUCAGUGUGUGAUUGGCGGUGUUGAUCCGCUUUGGAAAAACAACAUGGUGAUACAUCGAGCCCUUCCCAUCAAAUUUUCAACCAAAAACAACAAACACGACUUGUUUUGGUUUAGUCCAUUGUCCAGCGUGGUGACGGUUACGUUCUCGAACAAGCGAUGAAUCUAACCUCGUUGAUCAGCUUCAAGGUGUUCUUUGUGCUUCUACGUGAGACGUUCGAGUCUGCGAUUGUCAUUUCCAUCUUGCUCUCCUUCCUCAAGCAAAACUUCACGACGAAUGAGCACAGGGCGGAAGAGAACCGUGUUCACAUCGACAAGGCGGUAUACAGAUCUCUACAACUACAGGUCUGGCUCGGUGCGUUCAUAGGGUUGGCGAUUUGCUUGGCGAUAGGCGCUGUGUUCAUUGCGUUGUUUUAUCUGAUCGGUACAAACUAUUGGACGACGUACGAGAGGGUUUGGGAAGCGGUCUUCAGCGUGCUCUCCAGUUUCAUUAUCUCUGUGAUGGGCCUCUCGCUCUUGAGAAUGAACUCGAUGCAAAAGAAAUGGCAAGCCAAGUUGAGUAAAGAUAUGGCGAAGCAGUUUGCGACUGAUCCAACAGGCGUUGAUGAGGAAGACAUCGUUGAAGGGCCACAGCACAAGCGCGGCAUCAGAGGCUGGUUUAAGAAGUACGCUGAGAAGUACUCAUUGAUGGUGUUGCCUCUUGUGACUUUGCUCAGAGAAGGGUUGGAGGCGAUCUUUGUGAUUAGCGGAGUGUCGGCAUCUGAGCCUGUAUCUUCAUUACCUCUUUCCAUCAUUUUGGCAUUCACCAUAGGUUCUUUAAUCGGUGUGUCACUUUACAAAGGUGGGAAUAAGAUGAAACUACAGAUCUUCUUGAUAGGCUCGACCUGUUUCUUGUACAUCGUUUCUGCGGGGUUGAUGUCCCGUGGUGUCUGGUUCUUUGAGUUGGAACAGUACGUGCAACGGUGUAACGGUCAGGAUAUGACAGAAGUUGGCAAUGGGCCGGGAUCGUAUGACAUUGCGAACACAAUUUGGCAUGUGAACUGCUGUAGUGGUGUCAAUGACGGUGGAUGGAUGCUUUUGAAUGCCCUUGUCGGCUGGCAAAACACUGCGACUUACGGUUCAAUACUGAGUUAUUGGGCGUACUGGGCAUUUGUUAUUGCCAUGUUAAAGAUCAAGCUUUUCCAAGAGAGAAAUGGUUACCUACCAUUUAUUCCACUAAAAUGGCAAUUGCGGAAGAUUCUGAAGAGAUAUCACAUUAUCAAAUACAAUCUGGAGAAUAACGAGACGUACGGAGUAAUCCACUCAGUGGAAUAUAACAGCAUAAACGACCACGAAUUGCACAACCAACAACAAUCAUCAUCUCAACUCCACGGUGCCAGUGAAGUUGAACCUGGUACAGACUCCACAGGGUUAUUGAGCGGUGGAAACUCAUGAAUGAACUAAUUUACACCUUAAACCAUCGCCUGCUAGAUAAUUUACAGCGUCAUAAAAGCACACACAGCAAAAGUUAUGAGAUUACAUAUGAAUAUAGCGUGAUGAUUGCAAAUAACUAUAACAUUA